AUAUUUCAAUUAUAAUAACUGUUUUUUGAUUUUAAAUUAGUCACACAUUUGUUAGCAAUAAAUAUAUUUUGUUUUUCAUUUUUUAUAAAUGUGUAAAAUUAAUAGUGAUUUUUAAUAAAAUGUUAAAAUAUUUAAUUUUUCUCACAUUAACACUCUGUUUAGUCAAUUGUUUUGAUUUUUAUGAUCACUUCUUGAAUUCUUUAGAGAGUCAUGAGUUAGGAGAUAAUAGCGAUGAGAAGCCGUGGAGCGGAACUAUUUGGGCGGUUCUGGUGGCGGGUAGUAAUGGUUGGUUCAAUUAUAGACAUCAGGCAGAUAUAUGUCACGCUUAUCAGGUUCUUCACGAACAUGGAGUCAAUGAUUCAAACAUCAUAGUCAUGAUGUACGACGAUAUCGCACACAAUGAAGAAAACCCAACCAAAGGCGUUAUCAUCAAUAAACCCAAUGGAAGAGAUGUCUAUAAAGGAGUUCCCAAAGAUUAUAUCGGCAAAGAAGUGACGCCAAAAAUGUUGCUUAAAGUCUUAGAGGGGGAUCAAUCUCUUCAUCAAAAGGGCAAAAAAGUGGUUAAGAGUGGUCCCAAUGAUCACAUAUUUCUAUAUUUCGCAGAUCACGGAGCACCGGGACUUAUUGCCUUUCCUAGUGAUGAACUCUAUGCUAAAGAUCUGAAUAAAGUACUAAAAUCUAUGGCAAACAAAAAAAAGUUCAACAAAAUGGUUAUCUAUAUUGAAGCCUGUGAAAGCGGUUCAAUGUUUGCCGGAUUACUGCCGACUAAUAUUAAUAUAUUUGCGACGACUGCCGCCAACUCUUCAGAGUCGAGUUAUGCCUGUUAUUAUGACGAUCAAAGAGAGACCUAUUUGGGUGAUGUCUAUUCAGUCAAUUGGAUUGAAGACAGUGAUGCCCAACACUCACUAAUUGGAGAGUCAUUACAACAACAAUUUAAACGUGUUUUACGGGAAACUAAUACAUCGCAUGUCACUGAGUUUGGAGACAUAUCUAUAGGAAAACUACCGUUAAGUCAGUUUCAGGGCUCCAAACGAUAUAAUAAGACUUCUGAUGGAAAGGUAGAGAUAAGAGAUGCGGUGGCGAGCAGUGAUGUACCGCUGGUUAUAGCUAUGAAACGACUUAACAAACACAAUCAGACAGAAGAGCAACGGUUCUUAAAUAGAUUCAAUUACGAAGAAUUACUCAGAGCUCGAAGUUUUCUUAUCAAUUCAGUUAAACAUUUGAUACACGAACUCAAUAUUAAAUUGUAUUCAGUGGACAGUAUUUGGAGCGACAGAAGAGUCCUAACAAACCACAACUGUUAUGUCGAUUUGAUCCAACAUUUCGAUAAUCACUGUUUCGAUCUCUCGACACAUCCUUUUGCGCUCAGAUUUCUCUAUAUUUUUGUGAAUAUUUGUGAGACAUUGGAACCAAACGAAGGAAACGCCAGAAUAAUUGAGAGUUGGAUUUCAUCUAUUGUUAAGCACUGCUCUCUUCAUAUAUCAGAUCAUCCUUUUACACAAAUUCUUUAACUAACUUUUGAAUGUCUUAAGCCAUUGGAUUAAUUUCCUCAUCAGAUUAGAAGUUUGUCCUAAAUUUGAAAUAAUAGGCAAAUCUUUUGUAAAUUGAGGUACUUUUGCAUAAAAUAUUGUAUAGUCAGCUGUGAUUUCAAUUAAAUGCACAUAUAAUAGAUAUAUUUAAAUAAAAUAAUAUUUUAUCGAUAAUAAAUUUUAUAAAAAAUAACAUAUGUUACAAAUAACAAUAAAAUAUU